GGAAAACCCCAAAUCGAAUUACACCCAAUUCCAAAAAUAAGCAUUCCUUGGCACACCGUUCACAUAGAUAUAUCCGGAAAAUUGAGCGGAAAAAGUGAUCUUUUUCUUUGGAUGCUAAUACUUGUAUAAACGCAAUGAAAUCUUCAAUAUCUAUUUUUGGCGUACCAACACGUUUGAUUGCUGAUCAGGGGCGCAGCUUUACGGGUACAAAGUUUAUGCAAUUUUGUUCUAAUCAAAAAAUACAAUUACAUUUAGUUGCAACAGGUGCAAGUCGAGCCAACGGUCAAGUUGAAAGGGUCAUGAGUACACUAAAGAAUCUGUUGACGGCGGUUGAGACAAGUUCUAGAUCAUGGCAAGAUGCACUGGGGGAUGUACAGUUGGCCCUUAACUGUACAAUUAAUCGUAGCACUAAGUGUAGCCCUUUAGAACUUUUGAUUGGAAAAGUGGCGCGUCCACUGGGAUUGAUCCCUAUUAGUGAUACUGAAACUGAAAUCGACAAGAUUAAAUUAAGGGAGUUGGCUGAUAAAAACAUGAAAGAGGCGGCUAGAUAUGAGAAGACGCAAUUUGAUAAAAAUAAGGCUAAGGUAAUUAGAUUCAGUGUGGGUGAUUUUGUGUUACUUAAAAACAGUGAGAGACAACAAACGAAAUUAGACCCAAAGUUCAGAGGACCCUUCUUGGUGGUCGAGGUAUUGGACGGAGACCGAUACGUUUUGAAGUCUACACAGAACAAUAGGCGUUACAAGUAUCCACACGAAAGUUUGCGAAAGUUACCGGAUGUGCAAAUUCCAGAAGAGCUUGAUGUAAAUAAUGAAGAACAAAUUCAGUUGGAAGAGCCGAUUGAAACAGAAUAGUGUUCGUCAUGUGAUUGACGAUGGAAGAGGGUUGCUUUAGAAAUGUAUGUAAUUAAUGAAUUCGUGAAGCCAAGUGUUGGGCGAUGGACGAGAGAUGUAAAUGAAUUCGUGAAGCCAAGUGUUGGGCGAUGGACGAGAGAUGUAAAUGAAUUCGUGAAGCCAAGUGGGCGAUGGACGAGAAAUGUAAAUGAAUUCGUGAAGCCAAGUGUUGGGCGAUGGACGAGAAAUGUAUGUAAUUAAUGAAUUCGUGAAGCCAAGUGUGGGCGAUGGACGAGAAAUGUAUGAAAUUAAUGAAUUCGUGAAGCCAAGUGGGCGAUGGACGAGCAGGGAUCUGAUUAUUGCUUAAGUUAACGAUGUUUAAAAGAUAAAAAUGAAAAUGGAAGUUUUGUUAAGAUAAUCCUACGACAUGUUAACAAUAGAAGUAACGUUUUGGUAUGGAAUAUGAGUUGAAAUUAGUGAACUAAGUUUU